AAUGAAAAGGUAUAUUGUGUAUAUGUACCAAUACAAGGUCCGACUCAAGUUCAUCAGAUAGAUCCUCCAAGUAAAAUUCAUCUUAAAUGCUUUAGGAAAAAAGCCAAAAGAGAUCAUAGAAAGAAUUCAAGUUCAUCAAGUAGCUCUAGAAGUACAUUUCUUAGUUAAAUUGUACUAGGAGACAAGAAAAAGAAAUAGAAAAAGGAGAAGAAAGAUAAGAAAGAAAAGAUUUCAUAAAGUAAUUCAAACUUUGUGAAUUUAGAUAUUGUGGCAUCAUAAAAGUUGUAUAUAAUUUUGAUAGUUUAGAACUUAAAGAUCAAGAUCUAGAUCUAAGUCAAAAUCAAAGUCUCAUUCAAAAUCAAAACCAAAGGAUGAUCCAAACAUAAUAAAAAAAGGAAGGGGUCAUAUGAAUAGUUACCUUUUGUAAGUUUAUUCUUGAUUUUAAUAAGUGGUUGGAAGAAUGAAGAUUUUAGUUAAGCUAAUUCUUAUUUGAAAAAGUAUUAAUAAAAUCAAUUAUUAAUAUUAGAAUUGAUUAAACUAUUAGGAGAAAAAAUAAACCACCUCAAAUAAAUAAACCUUAAGAAUAAGGAUAAACAACAAAUGAUGUGAAUGUUAAUUUAGAAAAAAAAGUUGAUGAUUAAUAAGUAUGAUUAUUAGUUCUUAGAUUUAAUAAGGUGGAAAGAAAAAAUUAUAAUUAAGGAAACUAUCGAAGAUUUAAUAAUAAUUCUUCAUAUAGAAGAUUUGAUAAAAGAGAUAGACGUGAUUAUGAUAGAAGUUAGAGAAAUGAUAGGAAUGAUAGGAGUGAUAAAAAUGAUAGGAAUGAAAAAAAUGAGAGAAAUGAUAGGAAUGAUAAAAAUGAUAGAAAUGAUAAUAGAAAUGAAAAAAGUGACAGAAAUGAUAGGAACAAUAGUUUCAAUAGAGAUAAAUAUAGAAAUAGAUUUAAUGAUAGAGAUAGAGAUAGAAAUAAUAGAGAUAGAGAUUAAAAAGGAGAUGAAAGAAGUAUAAUUAUAAAUUAAUAAUAUAAGAUUAAAGAAAUUAUUAAUAUCAUUCUAAAUGGGCUCAUGAUUGCUUUGAAAAGGAUAAAGAUUAAAGUCCUAAUAACAAUGUAUUAAUUAUUUGUAAUUUAUAUUUUAGCAAGUUAAACCAAGAGGAUCCCCUAUAUACAAAUGAGU